AUGGCCGCUCCGGAGAUCAAGCGCGGCGACUUCCUCUACCGGGAUACGCUCUUUGUGGACCUGGGAGAAACCAAGCGUCAUCCGCGCGCCUCUGCUUCUGAGCUCAAACAACUACUACUCCCGAAGAAAGGAAGCGCGCCUGUGAAAGACCAGGUCGGCCACUGGUACGAAGCCCAACUGCUCCACUAUGGCCUGCCGCGCACCAAGGACAAGAACGUCGCCAAAGUGCGACUGACCACGGCCGUGGUAUCUGGGGCCCUCGCCGUGCCAACCCACAUUUCCAAGAUGGAAGCCGAUAUGAAGAAGGAGUACGUCGCAUCUGUGAGAAAGGCCAAGGCCGCUGCGGGUGUGACGCAGGCAUCCAAAGCCGCCGAUACUCCUGUGACUAAAGGAAAGAAAAGGAAGGCGAGUGACCGUGACACCAACGCAGCAACUACGAUUUCACUCAAGAUUGGCGACAUAAGCCUCGAAGUUGGCAUUCCAGUCGCAGCCAACCAGAAGAAGCAGAAGCCAUCGCCGGCAGAGCCGAAGGAAAAAGUCACUUCGGCAGCCAAGGGCAAAGCCGCUCUGAGACCAAAACCAGCAGAACCAGGGAGUGUGAAACCGAAGCCGGCCGACAAAGUCUCCACAUCAAAGAAGACAUCCAAGGCGCAGCCAUCGACCGCACAACCUGUACUAGGCACUGGAUCCCCUUCACGAACAGCCUCAGCCAACGCUGGCUCACGACCCAAACAGACCGCCAGACGAGGCAAGCCGUUCCUGCAAAGCCCAGCCACUCGAAAUCCGCUGCGCAGCUCGCAACCUGUCAUUCGGGAUCAUAGCAGUUCGUCCGAUCUCGACAUGGAUGACGCCCCGCCCCCUUACGAUUCGCACGACUUCAGUCAUGCGAGCACACCACCUCGGAACAGAGCCAGCGUUCAGGUCUCUGGGCUCUAUCACGUGCAGGCUCCCCAACUGCAGGCAAGCUGCUCACUUGCGCUCAAGAUCGACCAUGCCUCUGGCCAGCUCUGGGGUAAUUUUCGUUUCGGCACCAAAAGCGGAGUCCUUCGGAUGGACGAGCUGGCCGGUGUCGCCGAAGGACAGCCGACGUCGUUCGCUUGGCGCUCUAAAGAUGACAAGACUGGGCAGCUGAAGUUUGGCCGCGGCUGUGAUGGCUCGAUAGAGUUUGAUGGCAACGAAGGGGUUAAAGGUCGAUUUUUCGGAUUGAUGUAUGGAGGUGAUUUGGAGUUUGAAGGAUCAUUGACCGACAUGAACGAUGUGCCCAAUGUCGACUGGCUUCGUGAUGAAUGGGAUGAAUUUCCCAGAAUCGCCUAUGGUAGAGACUAA